UCGAUAAUACACCAGCUCUAUUGAAUAUCGUAUCGAUAUCGCGCAUGCCUUACAUUAGAAGAAAAGUGCGAAAAUGAGUUUACGUAAAAGUUUACAGCUUACUUUAAGGGAAUCUGGAGCCAAAACUUACGCCAAUGUUGCUUCAAGAAAGUCGUAUCCGCAGGCACAGCGCAAAGUGGUUGAUAUGGGAAAGUCUUUAGCUUCCAAAGGAUUUUUAAGAUCGCAUAAGCCGUAUACACCGGUUACCAACGUUGCUGAAAAAGUAAGUGAAAUAUGUGCAAACCUGAAAAUAUCUACAGCGAAUGAAUACAGACUAGAAAACUUGGAAGAAAAGUAUGCGUUUUUGGAUGCCUGUUUUAAGAGCUUCCAAUAUUGUAUCCCAAACUCUCGAAUACACGAAUUGCAAAGCAUAGGCGAUGUACUCCAAUUUUAUAACACACCUGUAAACACUACAGUUCCCUAUGAUUCUCUUAAAGCAACUGAUCUUCCCGAGAAUUUACACAUACAACAUGAAUAUGUUCGUUUUCAUCCCGACUCUGAUGUAAAGUUCAAUGGCCAAACUGCAUUCCCAAAAAAUUCAACCCUUGUAACGGGCUUAAAAUAUCGCGGCAAAUAUAAAGGGCAUGAAGCAAAACGAUCUUGGCCAUAAAAUAUAGAUUACUUAAAUGUAUUUACGUAGUUUGCAGCUGUUAUUAUAUUAAUAAAACGAUUAUAGCUAAAA